AUGUCUAAUCCGAACCUUGCAGAGGUCAUGGGCGAUGGCCCUGCCUCAAUAGCUGACAAGCUCACGCUGCUCCCAGGCUACGAGCCCGACUUCUCUGCCGUCACGUUCUGCCUCAAGGAAGAGGACCACACAUUGGGCAAUUCGCUUCGAUACAUCAUCAUGAAAGACCCUCGCGUCGAGUUCUGCGGUUACAGCAACCCGCACCCUUCCGAGAACAAGAUCCACCUUCGCAUUCAGAUGUAUGAUAACGCCUCAGCUCUCGACGCAUUGCGAGAUGCCAUCGAAAACCUGGACCAGCUGUUCGCUGCGAUUGGCGAAGCAUACGAUCGAAGCCUGAGCGCCGGUAACUAUGAGACCUACGUCGAGCCUAAGCUAGAUCACGAGCGUUUGGCACAGAUGGCAGAACAAGGCAAGAAGCGACGUGCCGAAGAAAAGGCCCGAGAAGCAGAGGCUCGCAAACAGGCUGCCCAAGCUGCUGCUGGUCGACCCAUGUGA